CCCCACCUCUAGAUCAGUGUGCUGCCUAAAAAAAUUAAAAACACAGAAAUGAAACCACGAUCGCAGAAAACUCAAGGAAAACCCAAUGGAAAACAUUACAAAGGUCCUGGCAAGGUGGCCCACAACCAAAAGCCUUAUUUUAAAAACAAAAACAAACAAAAGGCAAAGACAGAUAAACCCAAUAAACCCGAGAUCCGGAACAUGAAACGCCAGGAGAAAGCCUCACAGGAGGCGGCGGAAAGGGAGAAAGUUCGGGCGGAACGGGAUGCCCAGGUAAAAGCCUAUAAACAAAAGCGUUUGGAAAAAACCAAGGCCAUAAGCAAGAAAACCCAGAAAGGUCAACCUUUAAUGAAGGAUCGGAUGCAGUUGCUCCUGAAACAAAUCGAGGAGAUGAAGCGCCGCUAAGUGAGUCGCAGGACAACUAAACCACACAAGGGUCUCUUCCACAUCAAAACAAGGUUUAUAUUUCCGUUAAACUCAAAAGGAUAUAAACACUGCCAGGACCAUGUUAACAUCCUUUGACAAUUUAUUUAGUAGGACUUCUUGUUCUAUUGGUUAAGGGGUUCUACCCUUAGCUGAACGAAGAAAUGUUUUUUGUUUAAGAGUAGGCUUACUUUAUUCUUAAUUUAAAUAAAUUGUUUUCCAAAACUA